AUGGCCCCUCGUUUCCGUGCCGACCAAGUGGGCUCUCUCAUUCGGCCCUCUUCUCUACUGAAAGAGCUCGACUCUCUGGGUUUCUAUUCCGACAAGCUGUCCAAGGGUCAAGCCGCAGUGACAUCCGAUGCCAUUGCCUGCGCGACCAAGAAACAGCUUGACCUCUCGAUCCGGCCCAUUACUUCCGGUGAAUAUGAACGCACCAUUUUCUUCGGCGGUUUCUUCGAGAACCUCCAGGGCAUGGAGGUUCGCUCAGAUCUUCGGAUCCCGCAUGAUUUUCGUCCAGGCCUUCCCAACAUCACCGGUCUAUCCAAAAUGGGCCUCAACCACUUCGCCGCCGUCAUCGCCACUGGGAAGAUCAGGCAUGUCACCUCAGCUUACCUACCUGCUUGGGAGAUGAUCAAGAACGCCGUGCCUCAGGAGCACUGGAAGGAUUGCAAGAUGGCAAUCCCAUCCAUAUCCUGGCAGCACAUGUAUCUGGCCAAGGGGACGGCCUAUUCUCCAGGAGUUUACGCCUCGGACCGAGAGUACUUUCUCGACCUAGCUUCCGCCUAUCAUGCCGAGCUCAAAACCCUGUACGACGCAGGUCUAAGAUCGGUUCAGAUCGAUGACCCCAACUUGACCUUCUUCAUCGUUGAAGAGUUUCGAGAGGGUCUGCGGGGCGAUGGCAUUGACCCUGACAGCCUGCUGGAGCUUUACAUCUGGGCGCAUAACGAAGCCCUCAAGGGUCUUCCCGCCGACUUGCACGUUGGCGUUCACCUCUGCCGUGGAAACAUGCCCGACGGACCCUCAUUUGCUGAAGGGUCAUACGAGAAGAUUGCCAGCCAGGUGUUCCCCAAGCUGAACUACGCCACUUUCUACCUGGAGUUUGACGAUCCUCGCGUGUCUGGUCACUUUGAACCCUUGAGGUUUGUUCCUCGAGGCAAGAACGUGGUCUUGGGUCUUGUAUCGACCAAGUUGUCUGAGUUAGAGGACAAGAGUGCCUUGGUCAAGCGCGUCCAUGAAGCUUCGGAAGCCAUGGCCAAGGGACAGAGCAGAAGCGCGGCUGAGGUUCUUGAGGAUUCGCUUGCCAUAAGUCCCCAAUGUGGCUUUGCCAGCCAUAACACCAACAAAGGUGUGGCUUCGGAGGAGAGAAUGUGGGAGAAACUGGUUCUCGUAAGGGACAUUGCGAGAACUUUGUGGAGUGAUGCCGUCUAG